GUAGAACACUUGAAAGUGGCAUUAUUGUGAAUUAAGUGUUUGUUUCAAGAUGUUGCUGAAGGGAUUAGAACUGCCAUGGACCACAGAGGAUGGAUGUGACAAGUGUUUUUUACAAAGAUCGAACGCAAUGAGAAGAAGAAAACAUCCUGUGGUACGCACCAAAUCGGGGAAAAGGACCACCAGUGCUAGAAGGAAUAGUAGAAAAUGUUUUGAAAAACCUCCACUACGAGCGAAUAAUGUCAAACAAAAAUUUACCAUUAUUAGCUACAUCAAAUUUUCGAAUAAAGAGAAGACCAAACAAAUGGAAAUUACACCGUUAAUUAUGCCCAGUAAGACGAAGGAGUCAUCAAUUCCGUGGUUGCUACGCUGGAAAUACAGACGGAUUCAUCCUGUAUGCGAUAUAAGAAUCCAACAAGUCGAUGGCGGCUUCUUCGAGAAGUUCGGCUCGCUGUUCCGCGAACAGGCCGAACAAGUGGAAACACAAGAACUAAUCGAAAAACAGAAGGUAGCACAACAAGCUGCCGAAAUAUUACCUUCGAAAAAGGUGCAGGAAGACGAGGAAGAAGAACCGCUUCCCACCGUCAGCGAUAGUGAUUCAGAAAGUGAGGGCAGUUUGGGUUCCGAUUCCGAGGUUGUCGCCAAGGAUAAGGAUGAUUUUUUCUCAACAGCAUUGAAUAUCGAAGAAUUAUAUGUUGAAGUUCUGUAUCAAAUUCGACAUUAUGUUGGUUGCGAUGUCAGCUAUGAAAUCGGUGAAACGGCCCUUUACUCGUACGUCCAAGAAGCGUUUAAAAUGUCUAACGACAAACACAACCAUCUCCUCGACAUGGCGGAGAAAAAAGAGCCGCCCGAAAUAAUGAUCAACGUCGAGAUCAUCGAGGCGAAAGACCUCCGACCGAAAGACUCCAAUGGACUGAGCGAUCCCUAUGUCACAUUAUAUUUGGCAUCCAACAACGCGCACAGAUAUAACACCUCAGUUAAACAGACCACAUUAAAUCCGGUGUGGGAAGAACAUUUUGCAUUGCCCUUAAAUGACAACUCGCAAGAAGACACAUUAGUAUUAGAAGUUUGGGACUUUGAUCCUGCCGAAUCUGUGAAAGAAAAACUGGGAAAACUGUUUGAAGUAAAAGGUGUAAAAGGAAUGAGAAAACUGGUGAAGGAGAUUGCCGUGACUGCUACAACUGGCCAACACGAAAAUGAACUAAUAGGAAUCGCAAAAGUGCCUUUGAAAACCAUCCCAGCCUCAGGUAUGACCAUGUGGUACAGUUUAGAUAAGAAGAACAAAAUAAAUAGACAGGGAGUACUUAAAGUCAGAAUUUCAUUCAGUUCAGAGAAAAACAACCAGGUUGCGGAACAGGAACAUCGACACCUGUUACGAUUAAUCCUGCUGCAUGAAUUGGAAACGUCUAAGGUGGCUCCAUUUUGGUGGUGUGGUACGUUCAGCCCACAUGGAGAUUGUCUUUUAACACAACACAUAGCACAAUCUGGUUUAACGCCUACAGAAGUUGCAUUAUGUCAGUAUUCAGUGUUCGCCAACAUCCAUCAAAGUCACGCACUUAGUUUUGCAUUGUUCUCAAAAUUGUUGUCAUCUAUUAUCAAGCCUUUACAAAACGGUGCCGUUUGCUUCGAAGAUGUAAAGCUUUUCUGGGACGCUACCAAGAAACUAUUACCGUCUUGCUUCAGCGUCAUCCGCAAGAUCAGAACAAAGAACAACAACGAAAAGACUAUAAUGAAGCAGGUCACCGAAGUUUUAAAAAUUAUUAAUUACAUUUCGAUGCUAGAACCUUUACCUUCACUCGAUCUCUUUCCGUCCAACAUAUACAAAUGGGCAACCUACAGUGGUGACGGUCCAAAUUGUGAUAUUAUUGGUAUUCUAAAUGAUGCCGUGGUGAAAGGUGCUUCCGACUCGUUGAAUUGUCUGUCAGAAUCAUUAAACACUUCUGACACCAGCGACGUGGGAAGACUUACGUACUUAAUUCAAAUAAUACAGCUUGUAAAAUCAGAUAUUCAAAAAUCAAUUGAAUACUAUGAUAAAUUGUUUCAAGAGACUGUUAAUUUUCAAUAUGCCAAGGCCUUGUAUAUAUUUUACCAAGCUAAAAUCUCCACCUUGUGCGAACCAGAAGUUGUGGACAUUUGUAAAAAUUUAAAAAGACUGACGUAUAAUGGUAACACGAGCACCCUCAUCACGCCGGAGGGUAGCACAAAAGAUCCUUUAUCAGAAGGAACUACGUUAUUUGAACUGUACUUAGCGGUGCAAAGAUUCGUUAUAUUGGGCACUGGAUUGUGUCCUGCAGACUGUGAUAACUUUCAUAUCAAGAAUUUUCAUCAGUGGUUCCACGGUGGAGUUGCCCAGUGGCUUGAUAUCGCUGUAUACAAAGCACUGCAGAGAAUCGAGAAAGCUGUUGAGUUGGAUAAGUUGACGCAAGUUGACAGCACGGUUAAAUAUAGUUCCUCGGCAGUGGAUGCACUUACUAUUUUCUAUCAGGUUAAAGUCUUCUGGCAACAAUUAAAUUGGCCUGAUGUAGAGAGCUCUUACACCUUCAUAGCCAAAAUUAUUGAUGACAUCUGUCGUUGUUCUGUGUUUUAUGCGGAUCAGAUGUCACAGAAAGUAGAUGGAUUGGGAGACCAAGAGAAUAUUUACGAAAAGAAGUUCGAAGUUACCAAUGAAUGGUGUCUUGCUAUUAAUAACAUAGAUUAUGUAAGAGAAACUUUAGAACCGUUCACCCAAGACCUGGGUAUGAAAGAGGUGAUACAAAAAAUCUCUGAUUUGAAAAGUCCCUUAGACGCCCAGAGAUGUCAACAUACUUUGGACAAUGUUAUAGCAAAUGCUAUCGAUACCGUAAAGAACAAAAUUAUAGAAUUACUUGAAAUUGUUGUGGAUAAGAUGGUGCCAUCAAUGAAGAGAUUGCUAAUAGAAGGUGCAGAACUUUGUAAUCAAGACAGUAACAGCAUAGACCGACUUAUGAUGUACGUGGAUAAUAAUUUAGGUACAUUACACAGGGAGCUCAACGAGGAGAACUUUAACCGAACUUUAAAUAUAGUUUGGGAUAGGUUGGGCGCUACUUUAAGCGACAUAGUUCAAACUAACUUAGACAAGCGAAGGCCUCCCUCAUUCUUCGAAAAUCUGCAUAAAACCUUAAACUUGAUGCUCGGCUCGUUUAAGAAUCCAAACGACAGUUCCAAUUGUGACGGCUUAAGCAGAAUUGAAAAAAUUCUUAAAAUAAAUGGCUUGGAGACCAACGAUUUGAUUCACGAAGUCCAAAAGGAUCUGGCCAAUGAAUUUUCAGCAAUGAAAGACUCACCGUUCGGGGAAAUAUCUGUCAGAGUUAAAUUCGAAGGAAGCGCACUGAAAGUCGAAAUUAUGAAUGCAAGAAAUUUAAUUGCCAUGGAUUCGAACGGGUCUUGUGAUUCUUUUGUAAGGAUCCAUGUUUUACCCGAGCACAAAUUCAUUGGAAUCGAGAAGCCGAAAACGAAGACACAUAAUAAAACCCAAUUUCCAUUAUACGAUGAGACGUUUGUAAUAAAUAUUACACAUGAACAAAAGGCAAUAAAAGAUGGUUUAAUAUUAUUCAGUGUUAAAGACAAAGAUUUGUUGGGAUAUAAUAAUCAAUAUGUAGGAGAGGCUUUCUUAAGUUUUAAGGAUAUUCCUGAAACCAACAAGCCUUUAAACGAACUACCUCAAGUACAUUUAAAGCUUGGAAGACCCACCAGUUUAGCUACUGAUGGUGUUAGAGCACUGGAACACAGACAGGGUGAUAAAUUAGCCAAAGAAUUCUUGAGAAAAUAUAAGCAAAGAAUGGGAGUAUAGACUACUGUUACACAUUUAAUAAAUAUUCUAUAAAAUGCAAUAUUUUUAAUACGUAUUUUAGUUACUUAUUGUUAGUGCUUAUUUAAAUAUCGUAUUAAUCAGUAUAACUUAUUUAUACAUUUUAAAAUAAACAAUAUUAUGUAAUAUUUUAAAAUAAAUAUUUUUUUUAGUUGUUAAAA